UACAAAGUCAGUGUCCUAUUUGCCAUGUAGAGGGUGCAGUCACUGUUUAAGGUCCGCUCAAGCUUUGUCAUUGUUGUACUAUGAAGAUCCAGGUUUUGUGUCUGUUUCUGUUGCUGGGUUUUACGUCCACGUCUUCAGAAAACACGGUGUACAAGGUCACCACGAUUCUAGAUAAACCUUUUGUAACUCUAAAGGAUGGAGACCCUUCAGAAUUUGAAGGCCUCAUACCCGAUUUGUUGAAGAGGAUAGAACCAAUUCUUAAUGCGACCUUUAACAUAAAACAUGUAGGAGAUUUCAAGUACGGCUCUCAGGAUAAGUAUGGCAACUGGACUGGUAUGAUAGGAGAACUAAUCAAGGGGAAAGCAGACAUUGCUGCAGCGUCCCUUACCGUGACGGCAGAGAGAGCAACCGUCAUCGACCUCUCGCAUCCCUUCAUGGAAUCAGGAAUUUCCAUUGUCCUUAAGCGACCCGUUGCGAGGGGAUGGCAAGCCAUAACGGGAUAUGUUUCCUUUCUGCAGCCCUUUACAGCCGGGGUUUGGAUCGCCUUGCUCUUCUCCUGUGUAAUUAUUCCAAUUCUAUACGGCCUGAUUAUGCACUUUGAUCCCAUGGAAGAUGAAGCCGAAACUUCUAUUCUGAAGAACAUCGCCAGAGCGGUUCCGGUUGUCUUCUACAGAUUCUGCUUACAAGGAAGUCUUGCGCCAUCCAAAUCUACCUCCAGGUCUUCGAGAGUGAUACUUGCCUUUUGGUCUUUGUUUCUUAUCAUUUUGUACGCCACCUGGGCAUCAGCCUUUGCUGUAUUCAUCAUGGAAGGGAAGAGACAACUUCCGGAGUCUCCCUUCCAUUCAUUUUCUGAGCUUUCGAAACAAUCAUCUGUGAAAUUUGGAACAGUGAAAGGAGGGUCCACUUAUAGAUACUUCACAAAGGCUUUGGAUAAGGUGGAUAGCAAAAUUGGAGAACAUUUUAAAAACAAUCCAGAUCAAAUGGUCGGUAGUACAGCAGAGGGAAUUAAACGAGUUCGAAACAGCAAUGGCGAUUAUGCAUUUAUCAUGGAAGAGAUAGGAGCUAGGCAAUUAGCAGGAAUGUCGCCGUGUGAUCUAAUGCUAAUUCACCAUUCUUUCAUUCGUAAAUCUUUCUCUUUUGGAUGUGCCAAAAACAACAGCAUAUGCAGAGAUCUAGAUAUCGCCAUCAUUAGACUGAAAACUGAUGGUGUGAUACAAGAAUUAACAGAUAAGUGGCUGAAUAAGGACAACGUUUGUGAUACUGAUUUCUAUGACGAUUAUUUGCAGUACAUUAGGUCUUUUGACAACAAGAAAGAGGAGUCGGGGUAUCUUUUUAAGGGCAGUGCUCUGGGUAUGGAUAAAGUCGGAAGUGCGUAUAUUCUACUAGCCAUAGGAAUCAUUCUUUCCGUUUGUUUGUUGGUCUUCGACAUAUGUAUGGAGAGAAGAGUGCAGAAGGCAGUGUCUAGAAGAGGAGGGACUGACAAACAGCCAUUUGAAGCCAUUACAGACGACAUGCAAUAAUUCUUACCAGCCAUAAUAACCCGCGCUACACAGUAACCGCUGAUCACAAAUUACUGAAUUAUAACAAUGAACUGGUGGAGCAAUUGCAUGUAGUAUUAUUUUCAAAAUAAAACCGCCCUGCUUGUGCCAUGUAGUCUAGAUGUAUAAUACAACCAGCAAUUUAAUUUUUUUUUUACAAAGGACUGCAUAAUUGUUAUAAAAGUUUAUAAAUGAGAUUGAAGUACAACUUGCAUUUUAAAGAUAGUAGGUAGGUAGAUUUUCCCAUCUUCUUCGUACUGAAUGAAUUGACACAAUGCCAUUCUACGCAUGCACGAAAUCUUUUUUGCGUAUGCUGUACUUUACCGAAUCUGUUAUUUUAAUUGUAGCAUAAUCCUUUUAUUCACAUGUGGACUUGUUUGCCCCAUUUUAAAGAAACAUUAAAGUAAAGGCACUUAUUUUGCCUUUUGCCAGUCAGGCUAAAGUCAUUUACGGAAGGUCGAAUGUGUAGUAUAUAGAAAAAAGUAUCUAUAAUUGAUGUUUUUGAAUGCCCAAAGAAAGUUGUAAUUACAUACACUGUCAUUUUUUGAAAGAUCUCAAAGCUUUCAAGAUUGUGAAAUUCAUUUAUGUGUAAUCGAUUGAUAUAAAAGAUAUGCAUGUCUUAGUCAAACCGAUAAAUGACACCCUGCAUGCUGUAGUUAGGAUUGUGUGUACAUGAUAAGUUAGUCUUUGAAGGGUUUUGAAUUCAGGUGUAUACUUAACACUCAUCUAAUUUAGAUUAGUCCCCCUCCCCUGCAUUAAUCAUUAACAACAAUUAAAGAAAGAGAAAAAAACUGGAGCAGAUAAAGAUCAAAUUUUGAACAGGUUGCAUUUAAAGGCCUUGACACGGAUUACCAGCUUGUCUGAAGGUCGUCAUGAACAACAAAAAAGUUUUUCUUCAAAAUACCUUCUUUUUAAGAGAAAUCUUCAAAACGCCUUGUUUUCAACAGAAAAAAGAUCCCCAUUAUCGAUUUUUAGAGCACAGCAAGGUUGAUAAUUCUCUUAUUGUUACCUGACCAGCUGCCUUGUUUGUACUAUUUAGUGAUAUCUACCUAUUUCUAAUGCAUGCUGAGUAUCGUUUUAUUAAAAUUUUUGUAUA